AUGGAGACGUCAGGAGAAGGAGAUAUUGCCAUCGUGGGGAUGUCCUUUAAGCUCCCCCAAGAUGUGGAUGACGAUGUUAGCCUGUGGAAGGUACUCGAAGGUCGCCAAAACCUGAGUACGAGCUGGCCCAAAACACGCAUCAAUUCAGAAGCUUUCUUUAACGAUAAGCACCAUAAGUUCCGUAGCGCGGGUGGGCAUUUUCUCAAUGCAGAUCUUAGCUCAUUUGAUGCCCCCUUUUUCUCGCUCACAGCGAAAGAAGCGGCGGCAAUGGAUCCCAUGCAGCGAUGGACUUUGGAAACAUCAUACCAUGCCUUCGAAAAGGCGGGUAUUCCUGUUGAGAGCCUUAGGGGUUCGCAAACAGCGGUCUUCUCUUCUUCCAUGAUUGAAGACUUCGCUAGAAUGGUGGGCAUGGACCCCGAGAAUGCAGAACGAACGGCUGUCACUGGAUGCUCCGUUAGUUGCGUCAUACCCAACCGGAUCAGCUGGUACUUCGAUCUGCGCGGGCCAAGCAUGCACGUGAACUCAGCAUGCUCAAGUAGUAUGUCAGCCCUUGAUAUGGCUUGUAAAUCUCUAUGGAGCGGAGAUGCUACAUGUGCCCUUGUCACAGGAACUAAUCUAAUUCUCGACCCGGGAUUAACCCAAUAUCUAUCUACCCAAAAUUACUUAUCUCCAGAUGGAGUCUGCUACAGUUUCGACCAUCGUGCGAAUGGGUACGCGAGAGGCGAAGGUGUUAUGGCGCUUAUCCUUAAGCCCAUCUCCGCUGCUCUGCGCGAUGGUGACAUGAUCAGAGCUGUUAUUCGGUCAAUUGGCUCAAACCAAGACGGCCAUACUCCUGGACUUACCCAGCCCAGCCAACAGGCCCAAGAAGCAUUAAUAAGGCAUGUAUAUAAUCGAGUUAAUCUCCCUCUCGAUAAGACCCGUUAUGUCGAAGCGCACGGCACUGGAACCAAAAUCGGUGAUCCGAUCGAGAUGAAGGCUGUAGGUGCGGUAUUCCGGGAACAUCGUACAGUAGAAGACCCUCUUUACGUAGGCUCUGUGAAAACAAACGUUGGGCACCUUGAAGGAGCUUGCGGUUUAGCUGCCAUGAUAAAAGCCAUCUUGGUUGUCGAAAAGGGUGUCAUCGCUCCGAACGCUCUCUUCGAAAAAAUCAAUCCCGCGAUCGAUACGAACUACUAUCAUACUGCGGUUCCGACCAAGGCUAUUCUCUGGCCGACUUCAGGCUUGCGUCGAGUAUCGGUAAAUUCGUUCGGAUUUGGCGGUUCUAACACGCACGUCAUUCUUGACGAUGCCUUCCAUUACUUACAGUCUCGAGGCCUGACUGGGAACCAUUCCACUCCUGAAAUCCCAAGCCUUGAGUUGAAUGCCAUUUCUAACGGAAUCUCCCACACCAAUGGAUCAACUAACGGGGUAGCACGCACCAACGGUGCAACACACACUAAUGGAGAGUCGCAUGCUAAUGGAUUAACCAACGGGAAUGGAGUAGCUCACACCAACGGAACAGCUGGUACUGUUAAUGGGUCUGGGACUAAUUUACCUAAGUUGCUUGUUUGGAGCGCAUAUGACGAGAAGGCUGUUAAGCGCACGAUGAAGGGUUAUGAAAGUUUUUACGCUGACAAGAUCUGGAACGAUCCUGCCAAGCUCAACCAAUUAGCCUUUACUCUAGGUGCACGACGAAGUCAUAUGCUCUGGAGAGCCUUUGCGGUCGUCGGGAAUGACGGGUCGGGGGCUGAGGCUGUGAAAGCUUUACCGUCGGCUAAACCGAUUCGGAGUUCGACGGAGGUGAGGCUAGUGUUCGUGUUCACUGGCCAGGGAGCACAGUACGUCAAUAUGGGCUGGGACCUCAUAGAAUAUCCCGUAUAUAAGGAGACACUUCAGCGCAUAGACGAGAUAUACAGCAGUCUAGGAAGCACAUGGUCUUUGUUCGACGAGCUACGACGUAGCGAGAACAUUGACAAGCCAGAAUACAGCCAACCUCUGUCUACCGCCAUUCAAAUAGCUUUGAUCGAAUUGUUCAGAAGCUUUGGUAUCACCCCCAAGGCUGUUGUUGGGCAUUCUUCGGGUGAAAUCGCUGCAGCUUAUGCUGUUGGCGCACUAUCUCUGGUGUCUGCUUGCAAGGUUUCGUACUUCCGAGGACAGCUGGCUGGAAAGCUGAGGGCUGCAAAGGCUUCGACGCCCGGUAGCAUGAUAUCAAUCAAUCUAGCUGAGAAUAAAGUCGCAAGCUACCUCACAGGCAUUACUGACGAAGCAUUCGACGGUUCGGUCACAGUCGCUUGUGUCAAUAGUCCCCUAAAUUGUACGCUUUCCGGUUCCGAGGCGGCUAUCGACGUGGUCAAAGCGCAAGCCGACAAGGACGGGAUAUUCGCGCAGAAGCUCAAGACGGGAGUUGCGUAUCACUCGGCAUCUAUGCUUGAAAUUUCUGAGGAAUACCUAUCCCUGAUGGGCGAACUCGACGGAGCGGACCCUCAGGAUCUUAAGGCAACGACACCUAUUUUCAUUGUCUCGACGGUUUCCGGUAAGCCUGCUCGUCCAGCCGAAUUGGUCAGGGGGCAAUACUGGGUCGACAACAUGGUGUCCCCAGUUCGCUUUGCAGAUGCUCUUCAGAUUAUAGCUAAGGAGUCAUCCGCGCUGAAGACUGGUCUUGAUAUUGUGGCAGACUUGGUUGAGAUUGGUCCGCAUCCGGCAUUACGCCGUCCAGUGCAGGAUACGAUCAGCCGGGCCAGCAGUAAGAUCAAGAUCCGGUAUGCAAGUGCGCUGCAUCGGUCCCAACCCCCAAUUCAGACCACACUAGAGCUAGCAGGUCAAUUAUUCUGUCUCGGGCACAACGUUUCUGUGUCCGCCGUCAAUCAACGCCGAACCGACGGGUCUCCCUCCUUCCUCAUCAACUGUCCCGAAUAUCCCUUUGACCACUCACAAAAACAUUGGGCUGAGCCACGUAUUAGCCAUGACUUUAGGCUGCGGGGUACGGUCAAGGGAGAAACCCUCGGAGCUCGUGUGUCGGAUUGGAAUCCCUUGGAACCUAGGUGGAGGAAUUUCUUAUGCACUGAGACCACGCCGUGGCUCGCCGACUAUGUGAUGGUUUUCCCGGCUGGAGGCAUAUUGGUCAUGGCUAUUGAGGCGGUAUUGCAAAUGGCUUCAGCUGACCGCACCGUUGCGGGAUUCCUCAUUGAAAAGGCCGACUUCAUAAACCCCAUUGUUGUGGAAGAUGCUUGGGAUGACCGAAUUGAAACGGAGUUACACCUAAGACCGGUGAAGAAUCCGGAAGACAAGGAAGACCCGACCAAGUUCGAUAUUGUCAUUUAUACGUAUCGUGAGAAGUGGACCGAAUGCCUCCGUGCUACGGUCCACCUCGAAUACCAAGAAUCCUACUACGCCGACGGCGGUGAGGAGAAGAAGCUAGCUGAUGAGGGCGUACGAAGCCGAUACCAGCAAGCCACUGAAGCGUGUGGGCAGCUCGUGGACCCACAGGCAUUCUACCGCAGCGCAGCGGAGCACGGCCUUCAGUAUGGUGACUGGUUCCAAUUAAUUCAAGACGUGCACUACGAUGGCAAGUCUAAUGCCAUAGCGCGUGUUGACGUAACCAAGGCGAAAUACCAGACCACCAGCUUGGUACAUCCAGCCAUUUUGGAGACCGCCUUCCAAGUGCUACGGAUUAGCGCCGGUCAGCAGCCAGCCGCUAACGCUUCAGUCCAUGUGCGCAACGCAUGGUUCGCAUUCCCUGGUUGGCAAAAGCCAGAGACAAACUCGAUUAGGUGGCUGGCAAGUUCGAAAUCGUCUGCUGCAUCUGGAGCCGGCUUUGGGGAACGAGGUAGCCUUUAUGCGUUAGCCGAUGAUGGAACUGUGUUAUGCACUAUUGGCGAGGCCGUGACAGCGACAGCUUCCAAGGGCGUACAGGAGAAGGAGAAGAAGCUAUUGCAUGAUAUCGAAUGGAAGCCACAGCUGAGUCUUCUCGGACCUAAGCAACUUGAAGAGGUGUGCCAGGCGAACGCUUACGUCCAAGACGAGACAAUUAUCCUGGAAAAGCAUCUCAAGAUUCGCUAUGCAUUGGACCUUGUCUGCGUUCGGAUGCUGAAGCAGAUCGAUCAUUCCAAGGUACCCGAGUCACUCCGCCGGCAUGCUGAGUGGAUUGAAUACCACGUUAGCAACCUACCUCCCGAGCGUAAAGAGGAAGGAGAAGCAAUGAGUGAUGCCGACCUCGAAGCUCAAUUACGCGAGGUAGAUGAGAUUCUACCCGCAUGGAGACUAUACACAGAGUGUGCUCGAAGACUACCAGAAAUGUUGUCUGGCGAAGUCGGCCCCCUUCAAGUUGUCUUCGGAGCAGACCUUGCCGAUAUUUUCUAUGCAGCGCUGUUCCAAAGCGUGUGUGCAGAUGGACGUUUUGCCCGCUUCUUGGAGCUUACCGCGCACGAGAACCCGGCACAACGUAUCCUUGAGCUUGGAGCGGGAACCGGUGGUGUAACAGGACACGCCAUAUCGAUCCUACAGGAACGCGAGAAGCGCACUGGGGCACCUAGCUUCGCCGAGUACGUCUACACUGAUAUUUCUCCCAUGUUCUUCGAACAAGCAAAGAGUCGAUGGCCCGAGCUCCAAGCCGAAGGCCGUAUGAACUUCAAGACACUGGACCAAGACAAGCCUAUCGAAAGCCAAGGAUAUGAGCCUGGCUCGUACGACGUGAUUGUCGCUGGGUGUGUGUUGCAUGCCACACCGAACUUAGAGCCCACCAUCCGCAAUGUGCGCAAGCUUCUCAAGCCAGGUGGGCGCUUGAUCCUACUGGAAGUUAUUAGCCCAGAGGAUAUCACCAUCAACUUUAUGGCUGGUUUGUUACCAGGUUGGUGGGUUUCCCGUGAAGAGUGGCGACCUCAUUCCGCUUGUGUGUCCGAGGACAUUUGGGAAAGGGUGCUUAGCGAAAACGGUUUCUCAGGAAAUGACAUGAUCAUCCGUGAUUAUAAGAACGAUGGCUGCCACAUUGCUAGUAUCAUCAUUUCGACCGCGAAAGAAGAUCCAGCGCAGAUAGAUGAGUCGAAACCUAAGCGGAGUAACUUCCUCUUGGUGGUUGACGAGUCGCCUGAGCAACAAGAACAGCAACGACAGUUGGCUGAUUUGGUGCUUGGUCAACUUGAUCUCAAGGGCGAACGGAAAGAUGUCAGUAUUGUUUCCCUAGACCACCUCUCGGAAGCUCUUAUGGAGGUGACCAAGGACGACGUUGUCGUCUGCCUUGCUGAGGUCAACAACAAGCCUCUGCUCACGGCAUUGUCGGAGGAUGGUUUAAAAUGUUUCCAGCGCCUGGCUAUGCAAGCUACUAAAUUGCUGUGGGCUACAGCGACGACGACUAGCAACGCACAGUAUCCCGACUACAGCAUCGUACAAGGCUUCUUCCGUUCAAUUAGAGCGGAGCAAGGUAGUCAAAUCGUAACCGUAGCCAUAGAAGAUGCCCUGGACAACGAGAGCUGCGCGUCCUUUAUAGCUCAAGCAUUCCAGUCUGCCUUUAGAUUACCUGCAUCCAAGGAACUUGAGUACGUGGUACGAGAUGGAGUCCUUGUAACAGGCCGAGCUGUGGAGAACGUGGCCGGAAACGGAACGCUACGGUCUCUUCUUUCUCCACAGCUGCAGCAGAAGACCUGGGGUGAAGGAUCGGCUCUGCAGUUAUCGGUGGGCAGCGGCGACACUCCGUUAUUCGUCCGGGAUGACACCUACGACACCGAUAUUGCAUCACAUGAUGUCGAGGUGGAGACAAGAGCUUGGGGUCUGAAGUUCCGAGACGCCCCAAGUGGUCAAAGCGAGCUGCCAGAAGCUGAUUAUGCAGGAAUCGUUACCCGAGUGGGCCAAGAAUGCGACCGGUCAAUCCAGCCAGGUGAUCGCGUCUCCAUAGCGGCAUUGGACGGCAUACGCAAGUACGCCCGUGCGCACGAGAAGAGCAUCCUCAAGAUCCCCGAGUCCCUGUCGUUCGAAGCAGCUGUAACUACUCUUAUUCCCAGCUUGACAGUCUACCAUGCCCUCGUAGAUAUUGGUAAACUGCAAGCAGGCGACAAGGUUCUAAUCCAUUCGGCGGCUGGGAACCUGGGUCAGUUAGCUGUCCAGAUAGCUAAGGCACAAGGUGCAGAUAUCCUCGUCACCACGUCAUCACCAGAGGAGACGCAGUUCUUGGUCAGCAACUUUGACAUCCCCGAGAGCCGGAUUUUCACCAAUCAAAACACAUCAUAUUCGAAAUCUGUACUGCGCAUCACACAGGGGCGUGGUGUCGAUGUCGUCUUCAACACGCUUUUGGGCAAUGACAAGCUGCAGGCGUCAUGCGAAUCUGUGGCCACUUACGGUCGUUUCCUCGAGAUCGGCCGCGCUAACAUAGAUGCGAAUGUAGCGUUGCCUAUGGCUAUUUUCGCAAGGAAUGUGACAUUCUCGGCUGUUGAUCUGACCAGACUAGAGCCUAGUGCUACCACCGAACUGUUGGAGAAGAUUGUGCAGCUGUUAUCCGAAGGCAAGAUCCAAGAUCCUCAGCCACUGCAUAACUUCAGUGUGUCCGAGACAGAGCAAGCGUUCAAGCAACUACAGACCAGCAAGAACUUCGGUCGUGUGAUUGUCACUCCCAAGGCCGAGGACGUAGUUCCACAAUUUAUCCAGGACAGGCGAUCAUGGACGUUCGACGAAAAUGCCUCGUACUUGAUUGCUGGCGGGUCUAAUGGUCUAGGAACGACGAUCAUGAAAUGGAUGGUCGACCGCGGAGCAAAGAACCUGAUUAUCCCAUCCGAAUUCGGCUCUACAUCUAAGGCUACGGCCGAAGCAGUAGCCGAGCUGACGGCGCGGGGCAUUAAUGUCGUCGCCCCGAGAUGUGACGUAUCGUCGGAGACUAGCCUCGCCAAUGCUUUGGAAGAGUAUGCCAGCAGCAUGCCACCUAUCAAAGGUUGCAUCAAUGCCGCCAUGACCCUACAAAACUCCAUCUUCCAGAACAUGACGCUAGCACAGUGGGAUCUGACUAUACGAUCCAAAGUCCAGACAUCAUGGAAUCUGCACCGUCUUCUGCCCAAGGAUCUCGAUUUCUUCAUCCUUCUAUCCUCUCUAGCAGGUGUUACCGGCCAGCUAGCCAGCUCCAACUAUGCCGCCGGUUGCUCGUUCCAAGAUGCAUUGGCUCAUUACCGCAUUACCCAAGGCCAGAAGGCGCACUCAAUCGAUAUCGGUACUAUGGUCGAGACGGGUGCAUCCCAACCCCGGCGCGAAUUCACCAAUAAUAUGCAAAUUGUCGACGAUGCCGAGCUGCUUGCCCUAUUGACCCUAAGCUGCGACCCCACCGACCCGCUCCCAACGCCGUCUGGAAACCAAGGCCAAGUUUUGUUCGGAUUGCGUACCCCCGUUGAUAGCCUGCUCCAGGAAGAAACUCCGCCGCCUCUAUUAAACCGCCCACUAUUUGCCGCCUUCUCUUACAUCCCAGGCGCGGGAGCGGCCGCCAAAGACGGUAAUCGUGAAGCUACGCAGGCCGACAAGGGGGCGGGAGUACUCUUCCGCGAAGCGACCGAUCCGGUCGAACGUAAGGUGAUCGUGCUGAACGCUCUCGCGGCGAGAUUGGCGCGUGCCAUGUCCAUUCCGCCAGGUGAUGUCGAGCCGACUAAACCGUUAUCGAACUAUGGUGUGGACUCGCUCAUGGCUGUCGACUUGAAGAAUUGGAUCCAGAAGGAAUUCGAAGCUUCGAUUCCGACUGCUGGAAUACAAGGUGGUGUGCCUAUCGUAGGUAUUGCUGAACUUGUUGUAGCGAGGAGCGCGGUGGGAAAAGCUUAGGGUUAGAGAGCCUGGGGAAUAAAGAAAGAGGGGACGGAGAAAAAGCAAAAUAAGAAGCACGGGCCUCGUCCAGCCAUGUUUAUCGUCGCCACCAAGCUGAGGGUUCCCCGCGAGGAUCUCCUCAAUGAUUUUCUAACCAUUUCAACCCUUUGAACGUUGGGCAUCUUUCUUGUACAUUCGAUCAUUUACCUAUGCGAUGGAAGCACGAGCCGUAAGUUAUGAUAUCACGCGGAAUCUAUGGAAUAAUGUUAUCUCUUUUGUUGGAUGGAAUCGGAUGGAAUCUAGUUCAUAAGUAUGCGAUAUCUAUUAGGAAGAGGCGAACAAUAUGCUUUACGCAACAAUUCUUCAGUGAUAUUAAGAGCCAGUGCAACCGAUGUAGCUGGUAUAUUGGGAAGUCAACCUAACAUUCCGGGCGUAUUCGCAACUAAUAAGUUAUGCUGACGCACUGAGGGUACAUUAGCAACCAAUCAUUAUAGUGCAAAGCACACUGCUAAUUAUAGUGAUUUAGAGAGGAGGCGCCCAGCAAUGUAAAAUAUCAAUUCUCUCGAGGAUUCUAACCCUAGAAAAUACAAUAUCAAUUGACCGUCAUAGUAGUAUUCUCAACGAUACUCCCACGAAUCGUUCAUUGACAGUCAAGAA